GGCCACUCACUCCUAAAUUAUUUGACAUAAAAAAAUACAAUUACAAAUGGCGUUUACGUAGUGUAGACAGAUGUGUUCACGGCCACGAUGGGCGAUGAUUCUUUGAUAUUACGAGAAGAUGGUUAUAUACGUAUGAACUUUCCUGUUACUUCUCUAACUUAUCAUAGCAACUUAAAUAUAAUUCUGGUGAAGACUGACGUAGGUGGUGUACACGUUUUGGAUGUGAACUCGGGUGUGAUACUGCAGUCUUCUUGUCUGUCAGCGGAUGAUGGUGGAACGCUUGGUGUGGAGUAUGCGACGGGGGCGGAUCGGGUGUUCGUGUGGGACAGCAGUGGGGUCGGUGCGCGCACUGACUACAAUGGAGUGCUGCUCCUCCACACGGCACUGCAGCGCCCGCUGCCCUCCUCACAACCCGACAAAAUCAUAAGGAUCGAGCUUGUAUUGUCUGAGGCCGUGCUCCUGUACCAAUGUCUUCAGAGUCUAGACGCCCACUCCAUCGAGGGUCUGACAGACUUUAUCAACGAGCUGAAGAACUCCAUCGACGCAGAACCUGUCAGGAAAGGAGUGAAGGCACAGAAGUGGAGCACAGUAACAAUCUGCCUACCACAAUCGACCCUUCGGCUAGUGACCACAGGCGUGGUCCAAGAGCUGAAGGGUCAGAACCGGCGGAUACCAGCGCUGGCAAUCGCGUCCGCAGUCGGCCAGCGCGCCAACGAGCUGGUGCCGUGCUCCCGCGAUGAGGAGACCAGGCCGCUCAUGUACAGCGAGGCCGAGAGGAAGGAGACCUUCAAACGAUGGCCCCACAUGGACUACAAAUGGGCCCUUCCAGCUCGGAUGGCACAAGCGGGCUUCUACCACCAGCCGUCGCCUAGUGGUGAUGACCGCGCCAUGUGCUUCACAUGCCUCGUCUGCCUGGUCUGCUGGGAGAAGUCUGACGAACCCUGGGUGGAACAUGAGAGGCAUUCUCCCAACUGUCCCUUCGUAAGAGGCGAAUACACCCACAAUGUUCCCAUAUCGGUGACCAACGCGACAGCAUGUGCGGUGCCUUGUACGAAUGUGACGGUGGUGUCGAAGGGCAACACAGGGGACCUCAUCGCGACGGGCACUCCUGAGGGCAAAGUGAACAUCUGGCGGUUCGACUGUGGCCUCAAACUUGUCAAGUUCAUUCACCUGUCGCCGUAUGAUUCGAUAUUCAGUGGCAUACUGGCGACUGACAGCAAUAAAGUAUGGUCUGCAAGCUUGGAGAAGGAUAGUUCUACAUACGGCGUCGAGCUGACGGCGAUGGCUUUCGUCGGGAUGACGUCACAGCAAGAAGUUUACCCACAGACACAAAACACAGAGAGCACAGAGAAAGAGACGAACACCAACAAAACGAAACCGUCCCUCAUCUGCGCCGUCAUCAUCACUAGGACAAACACCACACAGACUGACCAGCCCAUCAAAGAAGACUCCAGCAAGGCGCUCUUCGAUUCGGGAGCCGACAAAGAAAGCGUUCAGGCAAUGAACGAUCAGAAUGAAGCAAAGAAUAACUUGACAACAAAUAAAAUGCUCUUCCUUUUAACAUAUGACAUACACAGCUCAUUAGCUGGUUCAAUAACCACUGUAGUACACACGUCAAACAGUAGCGGUAACUCCAAACCCGGAGGUAGCAAGAAAGUGUGCACGGUACCGAGGCCCGACGACGCGAAUAUUUACGACGAGAUAUACUUCCAAUACUCUGACGAGGACACAGAGCUUCCACAAUGCACAAAUAGCUUAGACGAGCAGAUUAGUAAUGUUAUUAACUUGAAUGCAUCGUCCAGCAAGGAAGAUUGCAAAAUAUGGGAACCUAAGAAAAUAAUAGUGCCGAAACAUUUUAAAACCAUGCCCCCUCCGCCUCCCACUGCCCUGUUACCUGAACUACAAGAGGCUGGACAAGCCACCAUGCUAGACUUCGUAGGCAAGAUCUCACAACUGAAGAGUUGGAAGAGUGGCAACCUAGACUCUGUAGGCACUAAACUAGCUGACCAAACUGACGCAGUGUUCCAACAGGCUGACCCCAUCACACAUUAUCUCAACAUGAAUGGACCUCUAGAGAUCUCAGACUUGAAGUGGUACGAAGGAGGAGAUGGAACUGAAAAAGUAAAAGUGACAACGUUCGGAGGAGGAGGAAGCAAAGUCGGUACACAGACUGCAAUCACAAACAGUAAUAACGACGGCUUCGACAGCGACCCACCGCAGGAAGAGGCCGUCUCGCAAGGCAUUGCUGUCCAGUGCCUCAGUCUUCCAGCUAAACUUACAUUGAAAGAUGAUUCCAAAGUGACGCAUCUAUUGCCAACUGAAGACAAGGAGCAUCUGCUCGUAGUCAUAUCAAGUAUCGAACCAGAGAAGGUCAAGGUAGAGGAGGAGACUGACAAUGAUGGCGAUAUCAAAAUGGACGUGGACGAAUGUGCCGAACCCAGUGAUAAACCUAAAUCUGACGCGAAGGCUUAUUUCAUCCUUUAUAAAAUAAACAAUAAGACGUCGAUAUACACGCUGGAAGACAACCCUGUGGCUUUCAAAGAGUUACCAUUCCACGAAAGCCCUGUAGACCUGUGCUUGUUACCGCCUGACAAACAGGAUCAAUAUUCAUUUGCUGCAGUAGGAGUGGACGGUAGCCUAAGGCUGUAUUCACUGCCUGAUUUCAAGACUUUGUCAGAGAAGCGCGUACCAAAGGGACAGUUCACGUCUGUAGUAUUCUGUGCGUCAGUGGAACGGCUCAGUGUGUCUACCAAGCACGGUAUGAUAUACUUCUACGCACUGAACAACGGCGAGAGGGACAACGCAGGGGAUAUAGACGAAGAUGAAUUCGCUAACAUUGACUUCGACAUGUUGCAGCGCGCGCCGCGGGACGAGGUAUGUGGCCCGACCCCUGCACCCGUCAUCAUUGCUAAUAAGACUGAACUCGACUUGUCCGACCUAGAGACUUUGAUAAACUUGACUGGCUAUUAUGGUACUAAUACAACGGUGCCUUACAGCGCAGUCGUGCCUGGGUUUUGGUGUGAGCUGUCACCUGCACAAAGGUCGAGAUCUGAUCAUCAAAAUAAUAGGACAUGGAGGUUACAGAACACUUCAUCAACGUGGGACGAGCACGUCCUGGAGCUUACAUUACCUUACAGUGUCUCACUAGCUCAUAUAGAGUUUGGAUUCACCUUACACUCGGCUUGUUCUGCAAAUCUUCCAAUCAUUCUCGUAACGUUACUGAAACAAAACUUGCACGGUAUCGGAUACAAGAAAGACGCCUCUUUUGGUCACAGAUCAGACUCCCCGAUACAUUUCCCAGUUAUAGACGCAGACAUGUCGAAUCUCGAGAAUCCUGUCAAUAGUGAAGAGUACUUACAAGCACAUAACGCUGAGAUAUUGGCGGGACCUUUAUUACUGUCUUCUGGACUGGACAUGACACAACAAUCUGGUACAUUAAUACUGACGAGCCCUCGGUUAUAUAGAGCCAGAGGACGGACAUUCCUCAUUCACAUAAAGACACUCUUCGAUCCAGCCAAAGACAUGAGCAAAAACACAAACAAAACAGGCGAGACUAGCUCUAAGAAGACCGGUUUCAUUGGCUGCGAUUGGUUGCAUCAGAUUUCAUUGACAGUCCGCUCUAGUCCUCACACUGACGUAGCUAUGGAGAGGCAGCAACGGAUAGCUAUGUUAGAGUCAAAUAGCUUCUUGAAUACGUUAUGUGAGAUAUCUGUAAACAGUGCUGACAGUGAAAUGAGGAAUAUUGCAAUGGAUCUAUUAAUCUGGGUGGUGUCAAUACGGCUACAACGGAUGCGUUUAUCGAAAACCGACAAAGGCAAAGACAAGACAGUGGAGACACAACAAUUAGAAUGCGUGAAGAUCAUUGAGAAACAUACAGACGCACUGAUCAAGAACUGUAUUCUGUGCGCCAACAGAAGUAUUGCGAAGAAAUGCGUGAAAAUUCUUCUAAUUACUAGCGAGGGUGAGAAACAACUCCCGAAGCCAUGGAAGUCAACGUUCGAGACGACGUUAUCAAACAGUGUAUGUGCUUGUAUCCCGUACGUGGGCGCCAGCGUGUCGGCGGGCGCCGUGCGCUGGCUGGCCGCGCUGGCGCAGCAGUGCACGGCGCGGGCCAUGGCGCCCGCACUCGUCGCCAAGUGCAUGGCGCUGCUUGAACGAGCUGCCAAGUGCUUGAGUGACAGACCUGAUGUUUAUCAUAGUCUGUUGAGAGCCAGGUUUGGUCUAUACGGUCUUCCAUUAGAGCGCACAAUCUUCGCGACGGAGGUGCCGGAGUUAGGGCGCGGCACGUCCACCCCGGUCACGUACGCCAGUGUACUGGCUGGCGACACCACGACGCCCCCUGUUCCUAAACCUGACUAUCAGCUGAAGGAACUGCUCAACUUGCCUUUGGAGAUGGAUGCUAAAAGCGCGAACUCAUCGACCGCGUGGUGGGCUCAGAACAACGGUGUUGGCGUGUUCGGCGCCGGGCUAAGUGAGGCCAUGCCACUACACGUCACGUGUCACGUGGCCUCGGACGGGACCAAGCUCGAGUCCAACGGGACGCGACAUCACUCCGCUGUUGUUAGCUCACUGCCUGGCGCUGGACCCGGAGAUCCUAGCCAGCAACUAUGGUCAGUCGUGAAGGAAGGCCAGAUGAAGCAGUCUUCGCAAGACCCUGACUCUCUUGAGGACGUUGAGAGCUCCCUCAUGGAGUGCGAUCCUCAGGAUAAGAUGGAGUUUUCCGAAGAGAAGCUGUUUAAGGAUCAGGAGCAGUGCGGCAUCCCGUGGGCGUCGCUAGUGACCCGCCCCCCGCAGCACACGCUGGUGGUGGAGCGCAUGCACUCGGGCGCGCGCCGGUACAUCGUGCUCGACUUCGGACACGCCGUCAAACUCACCGACGUGAUAAUCCCAUCGUGUUCGGACCUGGUGACGCUAUGCAUAGAUAUCUGGGUGACUGGCGAGGAGACGGACUGCGUGAAGCUUGCCUUCGCUACCGACAUCGCCACAAAACACCUCGUACUUACUGACAUACAGCCGCCGCCGAUCUGCCGGUAUAUGAAGAUAACCACAAUAGGUAGAUACGGCAUGUCGGCGAUGAAGUGCAAGAUCCCGCUCGGCUGGUUCUACGGCGAGGUGGCAGAGAUCACGCAUGUACAACCGAGCAUUAACGCGCUCAAUGCGCUGCAUCAAGACUUGACCUGCCGGUUUAGAUUAGCAACCGGUAAACUAAUGGAUCUCUUAAACCCAUACCUCGAACUAUACAACGGCAAUGCAGCCCAUAUGAUGUCAUACAUGAACAUCAGCAACGACGUAGACGCCAAGGUGGUGACUGCCUACCAGGAGUGCAUAGAGCUGCAGCAACAACUCCACACUUGCACCAACAUACUUAGAAAGCUACAGAACAGUGCUGACGGGCCUAGGAAUCUUCCAGAACUUAUUGACAAAGGUCUCGUCUCGUCUGAAGCGCUAUUAGAAGCAGCUUCGACGGAUAAGCUGAGAGUCAUUAGCGAGACAAUUGUGGAUAUGCUGCUGUAUUUCUACUUCCAAGUUGGUGACGUGCAAUACCCCGAGGUGAGCCGCGAGUGGUGCAGCGUGGUGGUGGCGCAGGUGUGGGAGUGGGGCGCGCGCGGCGCGGGCGCGCUGGCCACGCUGCUGGCGCGCGCCGCCGGCGGCCACGACUGGUGGGGCGGCCUGCUGGGCGACACGCUGACGCAGGCCUUCGCGGCCUACGACGCGCCGCCCGCCGCGCUGGACCGCGUGCUGGUGCUGGCCGUGUACAUGUGCCGGCGCUCCGUGUGGGCGGGCGCGGCCGACGCGGGCCCGUGCGCCGCGCUGGCCACGCGCGCGCUGGACCUGCUGCGGGCGCCGCGCGCGCAGCCCGCCGUCACCGCCGCGCUGCUCAGCGCGCUCGCCGCCGUGCUCGACACCGUCGCCGCGCACAACGACAAGUACGCCAGAUGGGACUGGGUGACGGGUGGACGUGCUGGCGGCGCGGCCCCAGGCGUGGACGCCCAAGGCUCGCCGCGCAACAACGAAUGUAAGUUGCACCGACGCAAGCUCCACAAGAAGCUGCUGCACCAGAUGCAGGAGCUAGAAGCUGCUAGGAGGGGUAUACAAGUCGCACUUGAAGAUCAACAGCGAGCCCGCCUCAAUCUCAAGGCGCGCAUGGCGAUGGUGGGCAAGCGCGGCGCGUCCCGCGGCGAGUCGUCGGGCGGGCCGGAGUCGUGCCGGCUGCGGCCGCUGGCCACGCAGCUGGCGGCGCGACUGGCGCACGCGCUCGUCGCGCACAUGCUCGCCGCUGACACUUGCUCGCAGGCCGACGCGCUCAUGCUCGCCGCCAAGGUAGUGGGAAGGCUCUGUGCACUAUCUGGAGGUGCAAGCCUGUUGGAUCCAUCAUGUAUCCUGGGCCUGGCCCGACUCGCUGUGACGUUGCCACCCUGGCCACGUCAUGCACUCACCACCUUGCUGCAGGAUCUAGUCGAAUAUGAGUCCGGCGAAUCCCCGUCUAGUCCUCCGAACGAGGAGUCGUGGACUGCCGGCGCCAGUUCCUCCCGCGUUAUACGCGUGCACUCCAUACCGCCAGGCUCCGCGCCCGGGGUCAAGGCGCGCAAGUUUAAAGGACCCACUGUCGCAGAUUUGUUAGCGGAUAGUUUUGGUCUGGGGAAGACUACGUACUUCAAGCCCAAACUAUUUACCACAGCAGGUGUCAAUUUAGCAAAUAUCGACGUGGAGGAACAGCUAACGCAAGUGGCUGAAUCUGACGACUCCGAGUCUUCGGAAGAGAAACUCGAACAAUACUUCAAUGACGCUGUCAAGAAGGAAACCAGGACUAAACUCGUCGUGGACAAUAGCACCAGUAACGUGUCAGUAUGUUGGGACGCGCGUGUGGAAGCCGGUGGCGGUGGGUGCGGCGGCGCGGGCGAGGCCCACGCCCGGCGCGCCCUGCUCGGCACCGCGGGGGCACUAGCGGCCGCCGUGCGCGCCCCCCCCCGCGCCCCCGCCCCCCCGCACAGACCCCAUCCACCGCUCACACACACGCUCUACGAUGUAUUCAGACACCUGGCGCUAGAGUUCCAUUAUCAGAUGGACUGCACAUUCAUGGAGAACGUGAUCUCGUUGUGGCUGACGUUGAAUGGGUCGGCGUGGAAUGGCGGCGCCUGGUCGCUGGCCACGCUCGCCGUGCCGGCGGACACGCCGCGUAUACGCCUCGCUUCCGACACCGUUAACGCACUACUGCAUUCACUUUGCACGUUAGAGAAUAUUUCAUUAAGAUGCUGGGUGCUAUCCAUGCAAGCUUUGGCCUGGAUUGCGAGCUUACCAUUACAGACUGAAGGCAGUAGUACCCAGACGAUGGGUCGCGUGAUACUGGAGUGCGAGCACUUCGUCCCGGCCCUCGUCAAGUUCAUCACCAUGAAUGUCAACACUGACGGCGCUGUCGCUUCCUCCGAACCUUAUUUGGGCGGCGCGCAGAUCGGCGCGGGCGCGGGCGCGGCGUCGGCGCUGCACUCGGUGGUGUCGCGCGUGGUGUGCGCGCGCGGCGCGGGCGGCGCGCUGGCGGCGCUGCGGGCCGUGUGCGGCGUGUGGCGGCGCGACGCGGAGCCCGGCCACGCCUACGACCUGCAGGCCACGCUGCUGCGCCUGGCGCACCCCAUGCUGCAGGUGCUGGCCGCGCGACACGUGCACCACGCGCUGCCGCUGCUGCACACUGUCGGCGGCGGCGCGGGCGCGGCGCGCCGGGCCCCGCUGCGCCGCGCCGUGCUGGCGCAGCUGCUGCACUACUGCCGCAAGCUGCUCGCCGUGCCGCUGCCGCAGCCGCAGCCCGCCAACUCAUCAUCAAGCCCAUCAGUAUCUACGAGUGGAGAGCAAUCUCAGUCACAGACAGAUGAGAGCAAGGCCCAGAACAGUAGCACGGCUGAAGCCACCAACGUUGAGGACGAGAGGAAGCAACAAGCCGCGCGGACGCCGUGCUUCGCUGACACUGUGCUACAAAACCAGCAAAUAAUGCAGAAGUUCUACAGGACACUCUCGAUAUGCGAUGGAAUGAAUACUGCUUCUUUGAAUUCAGGAAUGUCUUCAGAACCGUCAUCUCUAAAGGAAGAGGUGUUUUGGCUAGUGGCUCACAUGGCUACCGUAGCCUCGAACCCCGCUCUCAUGGUCACCAGUCUCAUGGAGUUCCUGAAGAAAGAAGAAGUAGUGAACCUGUCUCAAGCGAUGCAGCAGCUCAUCAUCAGGGUGCUGGAGUAUCCGGAGGCACUCUCUGCGUUUAUUGACGCUGGUGGAAUGGAACUAGCGCUCGAAAAGCUCACCGCCUGUCAUCAGGCGGGUCCAAGUAAUGGUCAAGGUCUAGUCUCCUCCCUGAUGAACUACCUGAAGCUACCACCUCAGAUGAUCAACCUGUCCACGCCGGCCUCCGGUAACAAGAAGAAUCAGACGCCUGUUAUUGAAACUGCUAACGGAUUGGUUAACAUGGCACCGUUAUGCACGGUGUCGUGCGGCAACCCGACGGCGCAGGCCGCGGACGUGCUGCUGGACGGCGGCGGGGGCAUGUCGGUGCGCGGCGCGUGCGCAGCGCGGCGCGUGCGCGCGGCGGCCUGGUCCUACCAUUUCUUCAGCGCGGACGACGCCAGCCUCGCACUUACGCUCACCAUGCCCUAUGCCGUGCAACUGCACGAGGUGCAACUGCAGCCGCAUCUCACCAGCCUCGCCACAUGCCCAGGAGCAGUGGCAGUAGAGGCAGGUUGUGGUGGCACACUGGCCCCCCUGGGCCCGCCCCAGAACACAGCCGGGAUGACGUUCAUCCGGCUGGUAGUAGCGCGGCCUAUCGUGUGCACCACUGUGCAGAUCCGGCUCUACAAGCCGAGAGACUCCUCCAACAUGGGGCUGCUACAGCUUAGGCUACUAGCCGCACCCGCUUUCAAUAACCAUGCCAGUACUACGCCGACCACCAGCAACAACUGGGCGUGCGUAGUGGCGGCGUGCACGCGCGCGGGCGGCGGCGCGGGCGGCGGCGCGGGCGUGCGGCUGGGCGCGCCGCUCAUCACGGCGCUGCUCAACAUGGACGCGCACGCACACGCCAACGCGUUCCAAGUGGCGGUGGGCGGGCGCGUGAACGGCAGCAUGCGCGCGGUGUGCGAGCUGGUCCGCCAGCUGUGCCGCAGCUGCCCCGAGGGCUGCGUCACGGCCUACGUGCAGUGGCUGGCCGCCGCCGCCGAGCUCUGGCUGCGGCAGAAGGACCCGCCCUCCGCCGCACUCACACACACUCUCGCUUCAGUAUUAUGGACAUUAAAAGAGAAGAACAUUCUAGAAUACUUGGAGGACCUGAUCACGGACGACUUUUUCGAGCUAGUGUACACUUGGGUCAAGGAUGUGCCCGAAACUAGUCUACUCAAGAAAUCAUUAGACGCUAUAUUAUGUUCAAUGUGCUACAUUCGACCGGAGCUAUUCAAGAUGCUCCUAGAACACAUGGACAUCCCUAUGGAUCAAGACGAAAGGUAUGCAAUGAUGUUUACAAGAAUUCGUGGCCGCCGCCGCCAUGUCGCCCGCCGCCAGCGCCGCGCUGCUGCGGUCCAGCCUGCCCGCCGCGCUCGUCACCGCCAUCGCCGGUACGUACUCUCUGCUCCGCUACAUUACUCUGCCCGGCGCUGGCGGCCCGCGCCGGCCAGCUGCACAGCGUGGCCGCCGCCGCCAUGUCGCCCGCCGCCAGCGCCGCGCUGCUGCGGUCCAGCCUGCCCGCCGCGCUCGUCACCGCCAUCGCCGGUACGUACUCUCUGCUCCGCUACAUUACUCUGCCCGGCGCUGGCGGCCCGCGCCGGCCAGCUGCACAGCGUGGCCGCCGCCGCCAUGUCGCCCGCCGCCAGCGCCGCGCUGCUGCGGUCCAGCCUGCCCGCCGCGCUCGUCACCGCCAUCGCCGGUACGUACUCUCUGCUCCGCUACAUUACUCUGCCCGGCGCUGGCGGCCCGCGCCGGCCAGCUGCACAGCGUGGCCGCCGCCGCCAUGUCGCCCGCCGCCAGCGCCGCGCUGCUGCGGUCCAGCCUGCCCGCCGCGCUCGUCACCGCCAUCGCCGGUACGUACUCUCUGCUCCGCUACAUUACUCUGCCCGGCGCUGGCGGCCCGCGCCGGCCAGCUGCACAGCGUGGCCGCCGCCGCCAUGUCGCCCGCCGCCAGCGCCGCGCUGCUGCGGUCCAGCCUGCCCGCCGCGCUCGUCACCGCCAUCGCCGGUACGUACUCUCUGCUCCGCUACAUUACUCUGCCCGGCGCUGGCGGCCCGCGCCGGCCAGCUGCACAGCGUGGCCGCCGCCGCCAUGUCGCCCGCCGCCAGCGCCGCGCUGCUGCGGUCCAGCCUGCCCGCCGCGCUCGUCACCGCCAUCGCCGGUACGUACUCUCUGCUCCGCUACAUUACUCUGCCCGGCGCUGGCGGCCCGCGCCGGCCAGCUGCACAGCGUGGCCGCCGCCGCCAUGUCGCCCGCCGCCAGCGCCGCGCUGCUGCGGUCCAGCCUGCCCGCCGCGCUCGUCACCGCCAUCGCCGGUACGUACUCUCUGCUCCGCUACAUUACUCUGCCCGGCGCUGGCGGCCCGCGCCGGCCAGCUGCACAGCGUGGCCGCCGCCGCCAUGUCGCCCGCCGCCAGCGCCGCGCUGCUGCGGUCCAGCCUGCCCGCCGCGCUCGUCACCGCCAUCGCCGGUACGUACUCUCUGCUCCGCUACAUUACUCUGCCCGGCGCUGGCGGCCCGCGCCGGCCAGCUGCACAGCGUGGCCGCCGCCGCCAUGUCGCCCGCCGCCAGCGCCGCGCUGCUGCGGUCCAGCCUGCCCGCCGCGCUCGUCACCGCCAUCGCCGGUACGUACUCUCUGCUCCGCUACAUUACUCUGCCCGGCGCUGGCGGCCCGCGCCGGCCAGCUGCACAGCGUGGCCGCCGCCGCCAUGUCGCCCGCCGCCAGCGCCGCGCUGCUGCGGUCCAGCCUGCCCGCCGCGCUCGUCACCGCCAUCGCCGGUACGUACUCUCUGCUCCGCUACAUUACUCUGCCCGGCGCUGGCGGCCCGCGCCGGCCAGCUGCACAGCGUGGCCGCCGCCGCCAUGUCGCCCGCCGCCAGCGCCGCGCUGCUGCGGUCCAGCCUGCCCGCCGCGCUCGUCACCGCCAUCGCCGGUACGUACUCUCUGCUCCGCUACAUUACUCUGCCCGGCGCUGGCGGCCCGCGCCGGCCAGCUGCACAGCGUGGCCGCCGCCGCCAUGUCGCCCGCCGCCAGCGCCGCGCUGCUGCGGUCCAGCCUGCCCGCCGCGCUCGUCACCGCCAUCGCCGGUACGUACUCUCUGCUCCGCUACAUUACUCUGCCCGGCGCUGGCGGCCCGCGCCGGCCAGCUGCACAGCGUGGCCGCCGCCGCCAUGUCGCCCGCCGCCAGCGCCGCGCUGCUGCGGUCCAGCCUGCCCGCCGCGCUCGUCACCGCCAUCGCCGGUACGUACUCUCUGCUCCGCUACAUUACUCUGCCCGGCGCUGGCGGCCCGCGCCGGCCAGCUGCACAGCGUGGCCGCCGCCGCCAUGUCGCCCGCCGCCAGCGCCGCGCUGCUGCGGUCCAGCCUGCCCGCCGCGCUCGUCACCGCCAUCGCCGGUACGUACUCUCUGCUCCGCUACAUUACUCUGCCCGGCGCUGGCGGCCCGCGCCGGCCAGCUGCACAGCGUGGCCGCCGCCGCCAUGUCGCCCGCCGCCAGCGCCGCGCUGCUGCGGUCCAGCCUGCCCGCCGCGCUCGUCACCGCCAUCGCCGGUACGUACUCUCUGCUCCGCUACAUUACUCUGCCCGGCGCUGGCGGCCCGCGCCGGCCAGCUGCACAGCGUGGCCGCCGCCGCCAUGUCGCCCGCCGCCAGCGCCGCGCUGCUGCGGUCCAGCCUGCCCGCCGCGCUCGUCACCGCCAUCGCCGGUACGUACUCUCUGCUCCGCUACAUUACUCUGCCCGGCGCUGGCGGCCCGCGCCGGCCAGCUGCACAGCGUGGCCGCCGCCGCCAUGUCGCCCGCCGCCAGCGCCGCGCUGCUGCGGUCCAGCCUGCCCGCCGCGCUCGUCACCGCCAUCGCCGGUACGUACUCUCUGCUCCGCUACAUUACUCUGCCCGGCGCUGGCGGCCCGCGCCGGCCAGCUGCACAGCGUGGCCGCCGCCGCCAUGUCGCCCGCCGCCAGCGCCGCGCUGCUGCGGUCCAGCCUGCCCGCCGCGCUCGUCACCGCCAUCGCCGACUUCAGCGAAGCGAAAUUGGAAUUGAUAAAGGCGCAGAGAAAUUCAACAGAAGAUGUACAAAUGGUGGACCCUGAGAAGGAACCAGGUCAGCCGAAGUCAGAGCUACCCUCGAUGAAGACGGUGCAUCAGUUGGUGGAGUGGGCGCGAGCUGUCUGCUGGUCCAAGCGACUGAAGGACUGGCUCGGAGGCCCUGGCAGCAUAUUCUGGAAGCCACUGCUCACCUUACUCUGUUAUCCUAGACCUCAUUACAGCAGUAGUUGGCAAGAAGACGCUCAGUACGCCCAGCUGGAGGAGAGUACCAUCCGUCUGUUCGCGGAGCUGACAGUCUGCCACCCUGCCAACCAGCAACUGUUUGCUUCCACGCUGCAUAGCAUACUCGAGGCGCUGCCUAGUAACGAGGGUAUCAGCGGGUUCACGCGCGCGCUGAUCCUGCGGCUGGUGCUGUCCCCGGAGCGCGUGUGGGUGUCGCUGCGCUGGGCGGAGGGCGGGGCGGGGGCGGGCGCCGCGGCCGCGCACCCCGCGGCGCACGCGCACGCCGUGCUGCCGCUGCCGCUGGCGCGCAGCGUGCGCGACGUGCUCGCAGACCACCGCCCGCCCGUACCCAUAAUGGAGGACACGACGAAAGUAUGCAUGAACUCGUCGCCCACGUCGGCCGGCACGUCGGUGCUGCGCAGCGCGUCCGACACCGCCAUCACCACGGUGGCGGAGGCCUGGGAGCUCAGCCUGGCCGCCGCCAGCGCCUCCAAGGACAAGCGCGUCAAGGACGUCAAGAACACCUCCCUCAAACAACAGAAUAACAAGAAGCGACAGACUAAGACCAGCAACGACGCGUCCGUACUGUCCGUCACCGAUGAUUUGAUAGAGUCGUCGAUCCGCGUGCAAGUGCCGGGGCUGGAGGGCUUCAUCCCGCCGAGCACGACGCUGGCGCAGCUCGCCGCCGCCGUCCCUCACACCAUCGGGCCACAUCUCUCACUCACUCUGCAUCUCAACACCAACGGCGAAGCAUGGUCUGGUCCGAUGUGGGAAGGCGCGUCGUCAACUAGUCCGUCAAGUCCGGGCGCCGGCCCGAGCUCGAGUAGUGCAGGGACUACGAGUAGCUCGGCGGCGUCGACGGGCGGCUCGGCCAUCCUGCGGUGGUUCGGGGCCGUCGGGGGCCUGGCGCUGGUGGCCGCGCGCCUGCCCCGGCCCCACGCCCCCCCGCCCGACCCGCCCGCGCUCGUCCACCACCACCACGACCUCGACUGGGUCAAACUUGAUGACCCUUACGAGGAGGUAGUGGAGCUGGGCGUAGCAGCAGGCGGGGGCGGGGUCGGGGGCGGGGCCGAGGAGGGGGGCUGCACGGGCGUACCUGCGCACGCGCUGCUCGCGCUGGGGCUGCUGCUGAAGCUGCCCGGCUAUGCGGACGCGCUGCUCGACGAGGGCGCCCGGGCCUGCCAUCUACUGCGUCUGUUGCUCGGCGUCACGCACGACGAGGACGGACGGAGUAUCGCGGUGGGCGAGGGCCGCGGCGCGGGCGGGGCGGGGUCGCUGGGCACGCUGCCGUUCACGGUGGUGGCGCGGCUCCUGGAGCGCGCGCCGCUGCAGUCGGCGGCGGGCCGCGCGCUGCGCCGGGCGCUCCUACAGCGCGGCGCCGUGCGGCUACUGCUCGCCUGCCUCGCUGUCUUCACGCACCACCGACCCAACUCCAAUGACAACAGCCAAGGUUCAAAUGGAUCGACAGGCAAAUCUGAAGAGAAGAGCCAGCUAUACUGGGCGAAGGGCACGGGCUUCGGCACCGGGUCUACGCAACAGUCGUGGAAUGUAGAGCAAGCACUCGUGCGGCAAAGGACUGAGGAGGAACAUGUCACUGUCUUACUGCAGGUAUUAGCAUCGUAUAUGAAUCCGGGUGAGAAGUGGCCACCGGAGGAGGGCGCGGCGGAGACGACGGACAGGGAGGACUCGGACGAUUCACACGAUCUACCCGCAGAGUUCAUCGACCUCAUCGCCAACAGCUCGCUCGUACCUGCCAUCUGCUCUUAUCUUAGAAACGAUUCAGUGCUGGACAUGUCCCGCCACAUCCCGCUGUACGUGCACGUGCUGCGCUGCGCGCGCGCGCUGAGUGCGCUGGGCGCGCGCCGCCUGGCGCCCGCGCUGCGCCCGCUGCCGCGCCUGCUCGCCUGCAUGUCGCGCACCACCAACUCGUACGCCACCAAACUGAGAAUGAGUAAGAAAAAUAUAUUCGGUAAAAUGACAUAUAGCCAAAGAUUUAGUACUUCAAGUAAUUCAGAAUUAUCAGAAGAGGACGAAGGACUCGCCGCGCUCAUAGCAGAUAUACAAGCAACGUCGGCAUUAUUAUGUCGGUCGGAGAAUGAGGCGGAGUCUGGUCGGGCGAGCGGCGCGCCCGCACCGCUCAGUGGAGCCACGCGGGAGGCGCGCUAUAUCGAACUCAUGCGCACCAUGCAAUUCGAGACGUUCGAGAUGAUAGCGGAGUGCGCAGAGAGCGGGUUCCGGUUCCUCGUGCCGUACCACUUCGAGGGCGCAGUGCGCGCGGCGGGCGAGCGCGCGCACCCGGCGCGCAUGAAGCGCCUGGCGCAGGAGGCCGCCACGCUCGCCACCUCGCUGCCGCUCUCAUACUCCUCCUCCGUCUUCGUGCGCACCGACGCAGACCGCCUCGAUGUCAUGAAGGUCCUAAUAACGGGUCCGUCCGACACGCCGUACGCGAACGGUUGCUUCGUGCUGGACGUAUACUUCCCUGCGGAGUACCCGGCGGUGCCGAUGCUCAUCAACCUGGAGACGACGGGCCGCCACUCCGUGCGCUUCAACCCCAACCUGUACAACGACGGCAAGGUCUGCCUCUCCGUGCUCAACACCUGGCACGGACGUCCCGAGGAGAAGUGGAACGCACACACCUCCAGCUUUCUACAGGUACUGGUGUCGAUUCAGUCCUUGAUCUUAGUCCCGGAGCCUUACUUCAACGAGCCGGGCUACGAGCGUAGCCGCGGCACGCGUGUAGGCUCUAGCGCCUCACUGGAGUACAACUCCAACAUCUACCAGGCCUGCGUGCGCUGGGCCAUGCUCGACCAUCUCAGGAAUCCAGAGCCCUGCUUCAAGGAGGUGAUCCAGACACACUUCUGGAUCAAACGUAAUGAAAUAAUGCAGACGGUGGCCAACUGGAUCACAGAACUCGAGAGCCAGAGCGGGGACGAGCGCACGCAGCGGAGCAUACAGCUUAACCUCAUGGCGCUCAAGCGACACUACGUGAAGCUGCAGGAGGAGCUGGCGAAGCUGCCGGUGCCGGCGGGGCUGGAGGAGUUGGACGAGCCGUUCCAACUGCCGGCCGCGCCCGAGCCCGCGCCGCAGACGCCGGCGCCGCCUACAAACGACGAGAUCGACCACGACAUGGAGAAGAUCGUGUCGCAGGUCCUGGACUGAGCCGGCCUCGGCGGCUGAGCGCAAUGAAAGUACAAGUAGAAAGCUGCCACUGCUGCCGGUCACCCUGCGUACGCUCGCCAUACGUUUCUAGCGAGUUUAUUGUUCGUAAACAAUUUUCUUUUUCUUUUGUAGUAGAAGAUUUCGGUUUUUAUAGUUUUUUUAGUAGGCGUUUAGGAUUUAGUGGGACCUCCGUUUAGUUUAACACACAUUGUGAUACUAAAAUGGGCCCGCUCGGCGCCCGGUAAGAUAUUUAAGCAGGAGUAGACGUACGGGCCGAAGACAUCGCGACGUACUGGCGUCACGACACGUGUACAUGAAAUUAUAAUUUGAUGUAUAUAACUUAUUGUUUUAAUUUUUGUAUUCUAAGAAUAUAUAAUGAUAUGUAUCGCUGUAUGCUCUAUAAGAGUAGUCGGAGGCGGCUGAACUAUACGAAGGAUAAAUUGUAUAACUCGUUUGGUAGUAAAUUAUGUACAGGCCUAGCCACCUCUUCGAGCAUUGUCGGUCGGGGUCGGUGGGGUGACGAAGUUUUGUGAAUGUAUGUGUGUAUAUAGAUAAAUCACCAGUAGACUUGUGUGUUUCUCACUGUACUUUCAUUGACUGGUAAGUUGGACGUAGGAACUUUAUUGUUACAUUUGAUUGUGAAUUUCGGAAUGUAAAUAAAAAUUUAUGUUAUCGCAA